AUGACGGGCUGCUGUGUCCCUCUAUGCACUGGAUCGAGCGCAAAAGGGCAGCGGGUAUUUCGUUUCCCCCGCGAUGUUGAACGAAGGAAGAAAUGGGGAGCGCAAGUAAAACGUGACAAUUGGGCACCGACAGACACAACGAAGAUAUGCGAGCUCCACUUUGAGCAGGAUCAAUUUGAAUUAAAUCGUCAGGAUGGACGACGGCUCCUCAAGUGGAAUGCGUUGCCUACUCUGUUCGACUACAGGCACUACACUCGCUUAAGCUUCGCUCAUCAAUUUUAUAACUACUAUUUUUUUAUUUUUGCAGCCCGGCCCAGCCAUAGAAAGCCUCCAUGUCAGCGAACACUGCCCACGACCCUUGUCGUCGAUGCUCCUCAGAGUUCACCUGCUGCAGAAGGGGAUUGUGACAGUAGUGAGUCCGAUAAUACUGAGCAGAACAAGAAUGUGAGGCAGUCCACUGAUGUCUUUUCUCUGCAACCAAGUGAGCUGAUCAAGAAGUUGCAGGACUUGCAAAAGAAGAAUACUGCGCUCAACUUUCAGCUGUUACAUUGCAAGAAGAAACUUAAGAAACAAACAAAAUGUUCAAAGCGUCUACAAGAAAAUGUAUCUGCUUUAACUUCCAAUCUGAAGUUUCUCAAUGAGGACCAGAAGUCUGCCUUACAUAAACGGAGCAGAAAGGGAUGCGUGUGGAGUGCCGAGACUGUCAAAAAGGCUCUCCAGCUCAAGUUUGCCUGCGGCUCAACAGGCUAUGAUGUCUUGUUAGAGCAGGGCAACCCUUUGCCUUCUAGAAGAACACUUUGUAGGCGGCUUCAACAUCUGUCAUUUCAGCCAGGAGUCCUUAAAGAGAUAUUUGACAUCAUGGAAACAAAGGUUGCGGCAAUGACAGACAUUGAAAAGGACUGUGUCCUGUUUAUGGACGAAAUGGAAAUCAGAAAGGGACUAGAACUUGACCGUGGCAGUGACGCAUUCCUUGGAACAACGACGCUUCCAGAGAGUGACCAACCUGCUAACCAUGCACUUGUUUUUAUGACGAACGUCAACUUGUCCGACUCCCAAUCUCUGCGCAAUGGAAUCCUUCACCGGCUGUCGACGGAGAUAUGCCUCCGGGUCUGUCAAGAUUUCCUGUGCUAA